AUGGCUUCUUCUUUCAUUAUUUCCUCAUUUCUUGCAUCUUUUUUUCUAUCCAUUCUCUUCACAUCUACAACUGUGAAGGGAGAUUUAGUUAGUGAGAUUUGUGCUAAAACACCCAAUGCUACUCUUUGUGAGACACUUAUAAGGUCAGAUCCUCGUUCUAAAACCGCAGAUCUUGAAACCCUCGGCACGAUCACGUUCAACAUGACUUCCAAACUUAUCGACUCAACAUCCACUCUGGUGACUUCUCUUCGCGAUAACGCGACGAACGCAACACUAAAAGGAGUGUACUCAAAGUGUAUUGACCAAUAUGCAUUUGUAGAACUAAAUAGGGAAAAUGCUGAGGGAUUUUUCGAGGCUAAAAAAUGUGGACAAGUUGUCCAUUUUAUGAGUCGUUCAAUUGGUGAUUUAUUGACAUGUGAUGGUAGUUUUUUUGAACAUUCAGUGGUUGAAGAUGAGAAGCUACAACAAGCUAGUUUUUCGUUAGAACAAUAUUGUAGUGCUAUUAUUGUUAUGGCCAUUCGUCUCUAG